GCAAUAAACUCAUCAACAAUAAUCUAAAAAUAGCACCAUUCUCCACAUUCUCUCUCUUUUCUUUGUCCUUUCAUCAUCUCAUAUUAACAGAAAAAAAACUAACUCCCAUUUCUCCAUACUUUGUACUCUCAAAGAAUCCUUCAAAGGGUGUCCAAUUCUAUCAUUUUCUUGAAUUUUCUUAAACCCUUUGUGUUUUUAUAACCAUACACUUUGAUCUUGCUGGACCCCGCGCAUAGCGGGAGCUUUAGUGCAUCGGGCUGUCCUUUCUUUUUUUAACUCUUUGAUCUUGCCGGAAAAAAAGACCCCAUUUUUCGGCAGGUUAAAGGGGUGGUGGAUUCAUUCAUUUCUUGGAAAUUUGAAAUCUUGAUGUGUGUUGGUGUUUGGUUUUGAUAUACAUUUCCCAAAAAUAAGAAAAAAAAUUGAAACUUUAUACAUUAUAUAUAGAUUUCAAGAAUUGAAAAUGGUGAUUGAGGUGAUUUAUGCAAGUCAAAGGGGUGGUGGAUUUGUUCUUUUCUUGGAAUCUUGAUGUGGUUUGGUGUUUGAUUUUGAUAUACAUUUCACAAAAAAGAGAAAAAAAAUUGAACUUUAUAUCAAAUAUAGAGAUUUCAAGAAUUGAAAAUGGUGACUGAGGUGAUUCAUGCAAGUCAAAGGGGUGGUGGAUUUGUUCUUUUCUUGGAAUCUUGAUGUGGUUUGGUGUUUGAUUUUGAUAUACAUUUCCCAAAAAAAGAGGAAAAGAAAUUGAAACUUUAUACAUUAUAUAGAGAUUUCAAGAAUUGAAAAUGGUGAUUGAGGGGUGGUCUAUUUGUUCUUUUCUUGGAAAUUUGAAGUCUUGAUGUGGUUUGGUGUUUGAUUUUGAUAUACAUUUGCUUAAAGAAAGAAAAAAGAAUUGAACUUUAUACAUAUAUAGAGAUUUCUAGUUUCAAGAAUUGACAAUGGUGACUGAGGUGAUACCAGUUAGGAAUCCGAUAAGCACGGUUUUAGAGAGAGUUGGGGUUUAUGGUUUUAUAGGUGGUAGCAGAAGCAGCAACACCAUAAAGGAAGUUGAUACAAUGGAAAUGGUGCAGCUUGGUGCUGAAAGGACAAAGAAUGUGCUUAUUUUGAUGAGUGAUACAGGUGGUGGACAUAGAGCUUCAGCUGAGGCGAUUCGCGAUGCUUUUCAUUUGGAAUUUGGGGAUGAGUAUAAUAUUUUCGUAAAAGAUGUUUGGAAAGAGUACACUGGAUGGCCAUUGAACAGUAUGGAACAACAAUACAAGUUCAUGGUUAAACAUGUGCAGCUUUGGAGGUUUGCAUUUCAUGGCACGUCCCCUCGUUGGAUACAUUCUGCCUAUCUUGCUGCCAUUGCCGUCUUCUACGCCAAGGAGGUGGAAGCCGGCCUGAUGGAGUACAAGCCGGACAUAAUUAUCAGCGUUCAUCCUCUUAUGCAGCACAUUCCGUUGUGGGUUCUAAAAUGGCAAGGCCUACAUAAGAAAGUAAUAUUUGUCACGGUUAUUACGGACCUCAGUACUUGCCACCGUACAUGGUUUCACCCUGGUGUCAAUCGAUUGUACUGCCCCUCCGAGGAGGUAGCAAAGAGGGCUUUAUUUGAUGGAUUGGAAGAAUCUCAAACACGCGUUUUUGGGUUGCCUAUUCGUCCCUCUUUCUGUAGAGCAAUUUUUACCAAGGAUGACCUCAGAGUAGAGCUAGAGAUGGAUCCCACGUUACCGGCAGUGUUGCUGAUGGGCGGUGGUGAAGGGAUGGGACCGGUGAAAAAAACUGCAAAGGCUCUCGGAGAAGCUCUUUUCGAUAAAGAAAUGGAGAAACCUAUCGGUCAAAUGGUUGUCAUAUGUGGACGCAAUGAAGAGCUAGUGUCCACAUUACAAUCACUCGAAUGGAACAUCCCGGUCAAGAUUAAAGGAUUUCAGAAACAGAUGGAGAAGUGGAUGGGUGCUUGCGAUUGUAUUAUCACAAAGGCUGGACCAGGUACAAUUGCAGAAGCGUUAAUCAGAGGGCUACCAAUUAUUCUCAACGACUACAUUCCCGGACAAGAAAAAGGCAAUGUUCCAUACGUGGUGGACAAUGGAGCCGGUGUAUUCACACGGAGUCCCAAGGAAACAGCCCGAAUUGUUGCAGAAUGGUUUAGCACCAGGGCAGAUGCGCGCAAAACUAUCUCACAGAAUGCACUAAAACUCGCACAACCUGAUGCAGUAUUUGACAUCGUCAAGGACAUACACGAACUCGCGUGCCAAAGAGGUCCUCUCGCCAACAUUCCUUACGCGUUCACGUCUUCAUUUUCAAGCUUACUUUAAACCAGAUACAUUGAGGUCUAAGAUUUGUUCAAGUAGGGAUAUUAUGUAAUGUAGGUACAUUGUUCCCGUUCUUUGGCCAUCAACGCGUAGCGCGCUCAUUGUAAUCCGUAGAUUAUCUAGACGAUUUUCGAUCCUUGGUUAGUCGGAGAAAGAAAAAAGAAGUUUAAAACGCGACGAGAACCAGGGAACUGUGAUGAAAAUGCAGAAAAUGAAGGAGGUUUCUCAUGUACUAAGAUUACUUGUUCUACAAAUUUGAUUUGUAUUGAAUAUAUUGCUUGGUUUUUUUUCGUUUUCA